AUGGCAGUCUUUCCACAAGAGAUCAUCAAUCUAAUCGUGCGUCAGUGUGAUGAUUACGGGACCCUCUGGAAUCUGUUGACCGUCUCGCGCGCUUGCCAGGAACCGGUAGAACAGCGACUAUGGCCUGACCAUGUUCGCAUCGUCGAUGAUGACGGCGUCAAGGUACUCAGACGAUACACCGGCCGCCGAUUCCGCUUCCUCCGACGUGUCACCCUCGAACAAGACUUUCCCAUGUUGGAGGACGAGGACCUGAGCUGCCGCGAGACAGCCGACGAGGUGCGGGAGAACGAUGAGCUUUUGACUCGACGGAUCGCCGCCGUCUUCACUGCCAUCAAGGCCCUGGAGAAAGGUCUCAACGAUGAAUCAGCAGCUCAGACCAUGAAUGUUGCCCUUACCAUCACGACUCCGCGUCAAUGGCUUCCUUACUUCCACUCCCUCGAGUCCAUCGACAUCCAAGAUAGCCUGCCAUUCCCAUUCGACUCGGGCCCGGUUCUCGACCACUAUGCGCGGCCUUUUGAGGGCCCGAGACGCGACUCCCGCCAUGGAUUUGCCAGAGCUGUCGAGGAGCGCGGUUCCUCAUCAUCCUCGUUGUCAUCAGGCAUCCAACUCUACCCGUCUCUCAAAACUCUCCCAUACUUGAUCGGUUACUGUGCCAGAGCAAGCCUAAGCUAUGUGGAGUCUGAUGGACACCGUGCAACGCUAUUGUUCUAUACCAUGAAGGAAUUCUGCGACGACUUUUGGUACCCGUCCAAUGAACGCCCCGGUACUAGGUCGAAGCCUAAAAUGAUCGAUGGGAACGACCUUGAGAACGUGCUCAGGGCUGCACUUGAGCAGGGAGAUUAUAAUUUCUUCAAUGAUGCCUGUAUGAUGCACGGAGAUGUACUUCCACCAACCUUCUUCACGUGGGCAAAGAAUUGGCUCAAGGACCCAAACACGGAUUCGGAUUUCGACGAUUUCUUGAAAGAAGGGUGCGUUUUAAACCAGCGAGUUUACACGUGGAAGAAAGAGACAAGCUAA